CCUGACGUCGUCGACCUCCUCCUGAGGUUGGUGAGGUAUGGAAGGAGUUGGUUGACGUCAAAUAUUCCCCAAGCACCGGAACGUUCCAGGGCCUCUAGAUCUCCCAUUUUUUGCCAUUUACCACGGACCAGUAGCUAUAACCCUUACUAAGCACCAGUAUCCCGCGAAUAGACAUGCACAUCGAUGCUGUAGUCUAGCCUUCGCCUCUUCUGACGAAAUAGUGAUGCGAUUCUGAACUAAUGCCAUCAUUCCCGAACCCUUCCAUUCCCUCCGACUACCACAAAAUUCAAGCACACAUAUAUCAAACUGCCCCCUCUGCUUUCCCUGUCACCUCACCUACCUUCAUAUAACACCCCACACACAGCACUCAAUUCAAACCCGAAUCCCCACCUCUAAAACCAAGCCAAAUCCCACACGAACCGAAGCCAAAAUCUUAACUAAAAAAUGACCGACAACCCCAACCCAGGCAACUUCGCCAACCGCCCCAAGGAAGAGGUGCAGGAAAUCGCCUCCAAGGGCGGCCAGGCCAGCCACUCCGGUGGUUUCGCCAGCAUGGAUCCGGAUAAGCAGAGGGAAAUCGCCUCCAAGGGCGGGCACGCCUCGUCCGGCUCCUUUGAGCCCGGCAGCGAGCGGGCGCGCGAGGCCGGGCGCAAGGGCGGUUCGAAGUAAAAGAGGGGUUCCGUCGGCCGGCCCAUGAUGAGCUGUACUAUUGGGUGUCGGUGAGGUGGGAAGAGGAGUCAUGGUGUUGAAAGCUCUUGUUUGAUGUCUGUCUUUUUAUACUGAGCGGUGUUGAGAAGGGAAUGGGAGUGGAUGGGAUGGACGGUGUAUGCGAGGCGUGUACGAUAAUAGGAAAGAAUAGAAAAUGGUUUCAAUUGAACGCAAUCACGAA